GGGACACUCCCCGGGCAAGAAGCGGCGAUGGCGACGGGAGAUGGAGGCGAGGAGGAGCCGCCGCGGGGAAAGGAGGCCGGGCCGCGCCUUGUGCCCGGCGGCGACUCGGGGCAAAUGGACAAACGAAGGAUGUGCCGGGACCCCCCAGUAGAGAAAAGAGGUCCCUACAUUAUGAACAAACCAUCUUCUAUUCAGGAUAAGCUACAAAAACAUCGCGAGAUGGCCAAGGCAAUGCUGCGGAAAAAGGGGGUUCUUUCAGGAGCUGUCCGGCAACAGCCCAAACCAGGAGCCGUGAGCAGGACGGUGAAAUUCAACAAGGGCUACACUGCGCUCAGCCAGACCUCAGAUGAAACCCUGGUGGCCCUGGAUUCCGACAGCGAUGACCUGGAAUCUAGAUGCUCUUCUGGUUACUCUUCGGCCGAGGUCAACCAGGAUCUCAGUCGCCAACUGCUGCAGGACGGCUACCGCCUGGAUGAGAUCCCCGACGACGAGGACCUCGACCUGAUUCCCCCGAAGCCCAUUUCAUCCUCACCGUGCUCCUGUUGCUUUGGCGACUCCGCCUCCUGCUCCAUCCAAUAGGGAGAAGCCUCGGAGGAUUGCACUACACGGGUCAAGAAUUCAGCACUUUUCUUCCCAAUUCCUCUUUUUUUUUUUUUUUGAUCUCUGCUGAGCCCAGCACUGAACUUUAGGUCAAACUGGUGGGACGGGGGGCAACCCUAGAGAUUCAGCCCCUGGAAGGGCAAAGGAGUGCGCUGUUGGCACCUUGCUUGGAGCUCCAGGCGUCUUCUGGUGCAACGUAGAAAUGUAUGAAGUGUAAGUAUUCAGGAGGCUGGUGGAUGCCCUUUGCAAAGAGAGUUGCUUCUCUGGACAGGCUCGGCACUCCUGAGGAAUAACCAGAAGGCAAGGAUUUCUCCCCAUAAAAGGUGAACGGAAAA